AUUUUUCUCUGCCCGUCGAGACGAUAGAUAUAGACGACAUAAAAAUGGAGGUAGCUUAUCCUCCGGUUUUUGGGUUAGAAACACGUCUGAAUGGCGAAAAAACGGCGUUGAAAGAGGCAUUUUUGAGCUCAAACGGAGAAAAUAAAGUGAUGAAUGAAAGAGGAUUAAUAUCGGCGAAAAUACCGCCUUACGGACAAAGAAAAGGAUGGAUUCCUAAGAGAAUGGAGGAUUUUGAGGAUGGGGGCGCUUUUCCGGAGAUUUUAGUGGCACAAUAUCCCCUACAAAUGGGAUUAAAGAAAAUGACAGCAGGAGCAGCAUUAGCGAUUCAGGUGGAUGCAGAAGGCAAUAUAAGAUAUGAUGCGAUUGCAAGACAAGGGCAUGAUCCGGAUAGAAUAGUUCAUUCAUCAUUUAAGAGCUUAAUUCCAUUGAGACAAAGAGCAGAUAUUGGAGAAAUAUCGUUAGAACGACCAUCUAUUGAAGAGGUAGAAGCUACUACAGAAAGGACAAGACGUGCUCUAGAGAAGAUUAUAACGGGGCAGAUUGCGGCAUCUAAGCCGAAAACGAUUCAGACGCAAGAAAAACAUGAACCGACAUUUGUUCGAUAUACACCGUGUAAUCAAAUGGGAGAGACGGCAGAUGUAGUUCAUCGUCAACGAAUUAUUAAAAUGGUAGAGAUGCCGCAAGAUCCGAUGGAGCCGUUAAAAUUUAGACAUAAAAAAAUUCCUAGAGGGCCGCCAUCACCACCGGCGCCGGUGAUGCAUUCUCCCCCGAGAAAAUUAACGGCAAAAGAGCAGCAAGAAUGGGUGAUUCCGCCUAGUAUUUCAAAUUGGAAAAAUGCUAAAGGUUAUACGAUACCCCUUGAUAAACGAUUAAUAGCAGAUGGUCGUGGUAUGAUGGAUGUUCAAAUUAAUGAUAAUUUUUCAAAAUUAUCUGAAGCACUUUAUGCAGCAGAUAGACAUGCUAGAGAAGAAGUUAGAAAGAGAGCGCAAUUGCAACAUAAGAUUGCUCAAAAAGAAAAAGAUGCUAAGAAAGAACAUCUUCAAGAGCUUGCGAGAAAAGUAAGAGAAGAGCGUCAUAUGUCACAACAAAAGGAUCCAAGUAAUGCAUCGGAAGCUACACAAUCUGAUGAGGAUGAAAAUUCAGAAGAUGAAAGAGCAGCUAAAGAGCGAGAAAACCUUCGUAGAGAACGUCGAAGGGAUGUAGAACGACAAAUGCGUAUGUCUCGUAUGGGUGCAGAACAACGUCUUAAAGUGAUGGCUCGUGAACAAAAUAGAGAUAUAUCUGAAAAGAUUGCACUUGGUCUGGCUAAACCAACACUGUCUAAAGAUAGUCUUUUUGAUAAUCGACUCUUUAACCAAACUGCUGGAUUGGAUUCAGGAUUUAAAGAUGACGAUACUUAUAAUAUAUAUGAUAAACCGUUAUUUGCUACUGCAGCAGCAGUACAAUCUAUAUACAGGCCUAAGGCGAAUGAUAUUGAUGAGAACCCUGAUGAAGAAUUAAAUCGUGUUACCCGUGAAAGCAGAUUUGAAGUCCUUGGAAAAGCUACCCAUGGAUUUAAAGGUGCAGAUUUGGCUGAGCCAAGAGAUGGUCCAGUACAAUUUGAGAAAGAAGCAGAUCCAUUUGGAAUUGAUGCCUUUAUUGCUAGUGCAGCAGCAAAUGCUUAUGCAAAAAGGAAUCUUGGUCUAGAUACAAGUACAACAAAAAAUUCGAAAAAAACAAAAUUAGAAGACAAUCAAUAGAAAAGGGUCAAAAGCUAGGUUAUAAAGUUAUGAAUAAUAUGUUUGUUUGUAUAUAUGAUA